GCCUGGGAAAUUGAUUCAAAUGUUCAUCAACUUCGCAACCGGUCGGAUCUGUCAGCGGGAAAAUGAAGUUAUUGUACCUGACAUUCGCUCUCCUGGCCAGCUGUGCCGUUAUUUGGGCUGCCAGUGGUGAAGAGGAGCAGGAGGAGCCAGGAUCCGGGAAACUAUCCAAACAGGAGGGACCACAUCCUGGCCAAGGAUUCAAAAUCAUAUCAUUCGAUGCAGUGGGCAAGAACAUAGCCUUGGGGCUGGAUUAUCUAGUGCCCUUUUUGGAGGUUCCUGUAAAGCGAAAAAGGAAUGCGCCACCUAAGCCUUUGGUUAUAGUUAAUUCAGCGGCAGUUGUUAGCUGUGGACUUGUGAUGGCCGGCGGACUUCUUGUGGGCCACCUCAUCAGGAGUUUGGGAUUGGAGGCCAUAACUGGAGAUGAUCACCGUCCCAUAUUUGGGAAUUCUUCCACACACAAACCAAAGUCUUCGGAGGAGGAUAUAUCAUCUUCCACACCAGCACCGAGCAAUUCAAAUGCCACAGCGAGGGGACUUUUCGAUGAUAACUUGAGCUUUCCUGGAAUCUUUGACAAUUUUAAGCUGAUAUACCGCAAUGAAACUGGAGAUCGAAUAGCUACCAGUCUGCCAAAUAUGUUGGGUGUCAUUGAGCGAACAUUUCUGAAGAACGACGUGGAUUUAUCUGUCUGUCUGCUAAAAUCCAUUUGCACUUUGACGCACAGUGCAGGCGAAAAGGUAACCAAAGGUCAGGCCUCGGAUUUGGAUCACCUAUUGGAUGGAGCCACCAAAUGGUCCUGGCUGCUCGCCUGGUUGGAGCAAUCCGCUUUUCGUGAUGCCAUCGAAGCGGGAAAGGUGAAUUUUACCCAUCAUUGCGCCAUCAAGUACCCGGAAUGCAAAUGGAUGGCUCCUGAAGAGAAAAUCCUGGAGUUGUUGCGCAAUAAUGUGCAGUUUAAGUAG